AUGGAAACCAACAUCGCUACACCGCCCGACAGUAUUGCCCCUAGAGUCGUCACUAUCGCCGAGGGUCUUGACUUGACUCUUCGUGUCACUGAAUACAACAAACCUCUGCAGGCUGGUGAAGAUGGCCAUGACAAGAUCAAAGCUAUCGUUGACUUCAACGUCACCCGCCAGUAUUUGGUUGACAACUCUGAGUCCGAAGUCAUCAAGAAACUCUUGACGACGCGCGAGUUCGCCGAGGCUGGCCAGAGCAUCAUCAACCUGGACGAACACAACCCCCUUGCAGUCGAGGCCAUUCUCUGCGCCAUCUACCGCAAGAACGAAAGCUGGAGACUGUCUACUCUGGGCGAGGAAGUCACUGCACGCACUUUGAACCUUGGAUUGGACCAUCGUAUCCUCCAACCGUUUCCUUAUGAUCGAUUCAACCACAUCGAAGGCUUCCUGUUCAUCACCGAAUACCUGGUUUACAAUUCUGCUCAUGUCAAAGAGUACAAGAAUACGAAGCAUCCAGAUCUGCAUGUUCCGCCUCGUGUCAUCAGCGCACUCAACUCUGCUCGCGGCCAUCUAAGAGUUCUUCUAGCUAGAUGGCUCUGGAAUCCGAUGGAUGAUGUGUUGAAAGCCAAAUGUCGUUGCAAGGAGAAGACCGUCUUCCAGUACCUCAAGGCACUUACAGAUACUGAUGGAUGGCCCGUCGACCAACAGAGCCGCAAAUCUGUCAACGAAGUCUGUGAGGACCUUAAGACCUUCAAAGAACACUUCAGUCUGCCUGCAUCUCACAACAUCUGCAUAAACUGUGGAAGAGACUGGCACUUUGUGGUCGCAAAUGCGAUCGCCGAGAUCCAGGGAUACUUUGACGGCAUGUGCCUUGAUUGUAUGGAUCACACACAGCCUAAGUUCUUGGACGAGCACACAGAUUACUGGAAUCAUCUCGAUCCAGAGGAGUGGGACGCAGAAUGCCGUGUCCAUCAUGGACAGGCUACCUGGUAUUCGUCUUUCAUGGGACGUGCAGACACCAGAAACGAGCUGCUGUCGCGUGUGAGAUCUCAAAAGCGUCGCAACUACUAG